CCGAGAAUACGCAGCUGCGGUUCCGGUCGGAGUUGUUUGACGUUGCCAGCUGACAUGGCUGCGCCCGUAGUAAGGAGUGUUCGGAAGCUGCUGAAGCUCGUGGACUUCACGUCGGUCCCGCGGAGACACCGAUAUAAGAAGAAAUGGGCUACCACAGAGCCAGAAUUCCCUGCCACUCGGCUUGCUCUGCAGAAUUUCGACAUGACCUACAGUGUACAAUUUGGGGAUCUUUGGCCCUCGAUUCGUGUUAGUCUUCUCUCAGAGCAGAAGUAUGGCGCGUUGGUCAAUAAUUUUGCUGCUUGUGAUAACGUGAGUGCUAAGCUGGAGCAGCUGAGUGCCAAGGACUUUGUGAAUGAAGCCAUCUCUCGCCAGGAACCAGAGCCUGAGAGUGGCCUCGCUCCCACUCCAUCCCCAGACUGCAGUCCAAACCUUCGAUGCUUUACUUUCUCCAGAGGGGAUGUCAGCCGUUUCCCUCCUGCCAGACUUGGCAGCCUGGGUCUCCUGGAUUACUACCUGAUGGAUGCUGCCUCCUUGCUACCAGUCCUGGCUCUUGGUCUGCAGCCUGGAGACACCGUGCUUGAUCUGUGUGCAGCUCCUGGGGGGAAAACACUGGCCUUACUUCAGACGGGCUGUUGCCGCAAUCUCGCUGCCAACGACCUCUCCACUUCCCGAACAGGCAGACUACAGAAAGUCCUGGACAGUUAUGUGCCCCAGGACAUCAGGGACGGGAAUCAAGUUCGAGUCACCUCAUGGGAUGGCAGGAAGUGGGGAGAACUGGAGGGGGACACCUAUGACCGGGUGUUGGUAGAUGUGCCAUGUACCACAGACCGCCACUCCCUUCAUGAGGAAGAGAACAACAUCUUCCAGCGCUCAAGGAAGAAGGAACGACAGAUGCUGCCUAUGCUGCAGGCGCAGCUUCUCGCGGCUGGACUCCUUGCCACCAAACCAGGAGGUCACGUUGUCUACUCCACGUGCUCACUGUCACACUUGCAGAAUGAGUAUGUGGUGCAGGGGGCCAUUGAGCUCCUGGCCAAUCAGUACAGCAUCCAGGUUCAAGUGGAAGACCUGUCUCACUUCCGAAAGCUUUUCAUGGACACAUUCUGUUUCUUCCCAUCCUGCCAGGUUGGGGAACUGGUAAUACCAAACCUCAUGGCCAAUUUUGGGCCUAUGUACUUCUGCAAAAUGCAUCGGCUGCCCUAGUGUCACCCUCUCGACUCUGUUGGGGGCACCGGGACAGUCGAGUAGCAGAGGCGCACUCCAAGGCCUGCCUCCCUCUUGUGGACAGCAGGAAGUAGGACCGCGGCCCAGCAGGUUUCUGACUCAGACUCCACUUCUAUCCUGUAACCUGCACUAAGGCCCCUGUUCCUUAGACUUAGACAGAAUCGGUGAAUAAACCCAUAGUUUAAGCUGUAAACUUGGGAAGAAACAUUUAGCCAAUAAAGUUGUUGAAGUACUCUAGAGCUGGGCCUGUAGUUGGGGCCUUCAUGUCAGUCAGAGUUACAUCAUGGUUCUCUGGGAGUCAGCCGAAGCUGCUGAGCACGCUCCCCAGAGUGCCCAGCCCCUGCAUACAGCCCUCUCCCACUGGUGAGUUCCAUUUAGUCAGCCCACAGGCCCACCAGCCGCCCCAGUGUCUCCAUAUGGCACAUGCUCUAAUUUAAGGAAUAAGUAACUAAAACUGUUGAGCGUGACUGGUAAUCCCCUUCAAAUGAGAAAGGUUUCCUAAGCUGAGUGCUUCUGGCCUUUCCUUCAUAUCACUGCAAAAGCUGCUUCUGGUUCAUACUGUGUUUUUGUAUGUUUCUUCUUUUACGUCUUCACAUGACAAGUGUUCUCUGAGUUCUUGUAGGACAGCUAUGGCACUGGUAGGGGUAUGGUAGGGACUAUGGGAAUGACUGGGUUUCCUCAUUUUACAGUGGCCACCUACUUCCUUUUACUUUUCAAGUACCUAGGAAUCUCCUGAUAUUUUAUUUCAGAUAUCUUAUUUUAUUUCUAAUCUUUUGCCUGCUCCAGUGUCUAAUCUUUGGCCCAUCUCCAAAUCCUUCUUCCAGUAUAACAGGGCUUUGGAUCACAGACAGUGUUUUGGAGUGACAUUACAUAACACACCGACUUGCAUACUUGCAUGCUAGGUAUUUUGUAACAUUUAUUAAAAGAAGGCACCCUUUAGUGCCAGGGAAUAGUAAACAUUGCUUAUGGUCACCCAUGCACACAGGUAUGUAUGUAUGAAUAUUGCUUGGCUCUUCCUACUUUUUUUUUUCAAUUUUUUUCUUUUCUUUUUUUUUUUUUGUGUGUGUGUGUGUGUGUGAGACAUGG